UUCCUAAAAUUUCGUCUUCCCGCUAACACCCACGCCCUUCAAAUUCUCAUCCUCCUUUUCAAAUCUCCCAUUCUCUCUUUGCCCUAACCCUCCAACUCUCACCACCAUCCUCCUCUUCCAGCUUCCGCCAUGGCAACGAAGCGCAAAACCCGCUCAUCUCCAUCCUCCUCCUCCGCUGACCCCGCCGCCGUCGCUGUCGCUGUAUCUGCUUCCUCCGGCGAGUCUCCGAACAAGUCAAGGAGAAAGGCGAAUCCGAACACUCCUGCAGUUGAAUCAGCUUCUCCUGCCGUCGAAAUCAAGCAAGGAAGCAACGGCGACGAUGCUUUUGUGAACCUCAACGGCAGUAACCCCGUCGCCGUCGCCGUAUCUGCUUCCUCCGGCGAGUCUCUGAACAAGUCAAGGAGGAAGUCGAAUCGGAAGAGUCCUGCAGCUGGAUCGGCUUCACCUUCACCUGCUGUUGACAAGAAGCAAGUGAGCAAGCGCGACGCUGGUGUCGUAAAUCUGGACGACAGUGAAGGAAUUGACAGAUUCAUCGGAGAUCCAGUCCCUGAUGAGGAAGCUAGGCGGCGCUGGCCUCAUCGGUACCUGGAGAAGAAGCAAUUUGCUAGGUCAAAUUCAAACAGUGAUGAUGAUAUUCUUCAAGCUCGUCGGCACUACAUAGAGGCAGAAGUAGAUGGGUCUACGCUUUACAAACUUUACGAUGAUGCCCAUGUAAAAGCAGAGGAAGGAGAGGACAGUUAUAUUUGUAAAAUCAUUGAGAUGUUUGAGGCAUUUGAUGGGACCUUACAUUUCACUGCACAAUGGUACUAUAGAGCAAAGGACACAGUCAUUAAAAAUCUUGCAUUUCUAAUUGACGAACCAAGACGAGUUUUUUAUUCAGAAGUUAAGGAUGACAAUCCAUUGGAUUGUCUUAUUGCAAAGUUGAACAUUGCCAGAGUUUCACUAAAUGUGGAUUUGGCGGCAAAGGAGAAAACUAUUCCACUCUGUGAUUAUUAUUGUGACACACAGUAUAUUUUGCCGUACUCUACAUUUGAGAAAUUUCCAUCAGAAAGCAGAGAAAUUGGUAGUGAUACUUCAUCAACUAUAUCUUCCGAAAGUGAUGUAAUUGAAAACUCUGAGGUGGACUCUCAAUAUAAGAAUGCUUCCAAUAGUGAAGGAAAUAAAGAUUCAGAGUUGAAGUUGUUAGACUUGUACUCUGGGUGCGGUGCAAUGUCAACUGGUUUAUGCCUAGGUGCAACUUUGUCCGGUUCAAAUCUUGUUACAAGAUGGGCUGUAGACUUGAACGAAUAUGCUUGUGCAAGUCUUAAAUUAAACCAUCCUGAAACUGAGGUUAGAAAUGAAGCUGCUGAAAAUUUCCUCUCAUUAUUAAAGGAAUGGGAGAAGCUAUGUAGUUACUUCUCCUUAGUCCAAAAAAAGGUGCCACAUCAGCAAUAUGUGGAUCUUUUUAGUGCAGAAGAGGAUGAUGACACUGGGAGCCUUGAAAGUAGUGAUGAAGAUGACAGCGAAGUGUUUGAAGUUUCGGAAUUGCUUGCUAUACGCUAUGGGUGGAAAAAAGAGCAAGGUUUAUUCUUUAAGGUUCGUUGGAAGGGUUAUGAAUCUGAUGCAGAUUCUUGGGAGCCAAUUGAUGGUUUAAGUAAUUGCAAGGAAAAAAUAAAGGAUUUUGUCAUUCAAGGCUUCAAGUUGAAUAUCUUACCUUUACCUGGUGAUGUUGAUGUAAUAUGUGGUGGACCUCCAUGUCAAGGUCUUAGUGGUUUCAACCGAUUUCGGAACAAAGAUAACCCAUUGGAGGAUGAGAAGAACAUGCAACUAAUGGUUUACAUGGAUAUUGUGCAAUAUCUGAAGCCCAAAUUUGCGUUGAUGGAAAAUGUAGUUGAUAUUUUAAAAUUCGAAAAUGGCUAUUGUGGAAGGUAUGCUUUGGGCCGUCUUCUUCAAAUGAAUUAUCAAAGUCGCAUGGGAAUUAUGGCUGCUGGAGCUUAUGGGCUUCCUCAGUUUCGCUUGCGUGUCUUCAUUUGGGGGGCUGCACCAUCUGAGAAGCUUCCUCAAUUUCCACUUCCAACACAUGAUGUUAUAGUGAGGGGUGUCAUUCCUGUGGAGUUUGAGAUAAAUACAGUUGCAUAUAAUGAAGGCCACAAUGAGGCAUUGCAAAGAAAACUUUUGUUGGAAGAUGCUCUUUCUGACCUUCCUUCGAUUCAGAAUAAUGAAAGGCGAGAUGAGAUGCAAUAUGAUAAGCCUCCCCAGACCGAGUUCCAGAAGUUUAUUAGAUUAACAAAAAAUGAAAUGUUGGGUAUUUCAAAUCAAAAAAGGUUAAAGUCUACGCUUCAUGACCAUCGUUCACUAGAAUUAAAUGUGGAUGACUAUCAACGCGUGUGUCGGAUUCCUAAAAAGAAGGGUGCAUGCUUUAGAGAUUUACCAGGUGUUCGUGUUGGACCAGAUAAUAAGGUUGAAUGGGAUCCUGAUGUACAACGAGAGUAUUUGGAGUCAAAAAAACCAUUGGUUCCUAAUUAUGCCAUGUCUUUUGUGGGUGGAAAGUCCUCGAAACCUUUUGCUCGGUUAUGGUGGGAUGAAACUGUUCCAACUGUUGUGACUAGAGCAGAACCUCAUAAUCAGGCAAUUAUACAUCCAGAGCAAGAUAGGGUUUUGUCAAUUCGUGAAAAUGCAAGACUUCAAGGUUUUCCAGACUACUAUAAGCUAUGCGGGCCAGUCAAAGCAAGGUACAUUCAAGUUGGGAAUGCGGUUGCAGUUCCAGUGGCUCGAGCUUUAGGGUAUACUUUAGGUCUUGCCUUUCAAGGUGUAGCUGGGGAUGGACCACUUUUAAAUUUACCUGGUGGAUUUCCCAUGAAUUUCCCAUCUGCAUCAUCUGAAGAAAAUGUAUAAUGUGACAUUAAUGUUUAGGUCUUGCAUUUGAUCAUUGAUGUUUCACAUUGUAUUUGGAAGUUGUAUGAUUGGAAACAUUGUCAUUUUGAAUGAUUGAUAGAACACUUGAGUGUCUAAGACAUCUAUUUAUAAUAUAUUAUUUCUGUUA